AUGUCUGAUUCACUAGAAAAGAAAGGUUCCAAUUCAAAGAGUAGCUUUGGCCAGGGCGAAGUUGAAUCUAUGGUUUCGCCGGUUCCACCUGCCAAAAAAUUGGCGUCGAUCUUGUCCUUUGACGGCAAUGGCAAGGAUACCAGGUCCAAGGUCCUUAGAGAAGCUCAAGCCAAUUUGGAUUUCGUCACCGACACCGGGUACAAGGCGGAGUUGAGACGUGACUUCAGUCUCUUGUCGUUGUUGGGUAUCGGGUUUGGUAUCACCAACUCAUGGUUCGGUAUUAGUGGCGCCAUGGUUGCCGGUAUCAGCUCAGGAGGACCGGUGAUGAUCAUAUAUGGUAUUAUCCUUCUUGCUAUAUUUGGUAUGUGCAUUGGUAUCACCUUGGGUGAAAUGGCCUCGGCGUACCCCAACGCCUCGGGCCAGAUUUACUGGACAAUGAAGCUUGCACCAAAGAAAUACUCAAGAGUCUUGUCCUAUGCUGCAGGGAUACUCUCAUGGUUGGGCUCAGUCUUCACUUCAGCAGCAGUGGAAAUGGCAAUUGCUACUGCAGUGAUGGGAUUAUACGCGUUAAGCUACCCUGAAGCUACCAUCGAGAGGUGGCAAGUGUUUCUCGUUUACGAAGCAACCAACUUGUUGUUGAUACCGUUUAAUAUUUGGGAAAAGCCAUUGCCAAUGAUUUCCAAAAUCACCUUGUACACCUCGUUGGUCUCCUUCGGCAUAAUCAUCGUUGUUGUCUUGUCCAUGCACGAGGGCGAUUUCCAAAAACCCAGUUUUGUCUUUGCCGAGUUCCAAAAUGGUACCGGUUGGAAGUCAGGCGUCAUUGCCUUUAUUGUUGGUUUGAUUAACCCCAAUUGGAGUUUCUCGUGUCUUGAUGCUGCAACCCACAUUGCUGAAGAGUCAUUAAACCCUGCCGUGCAAAUCCCUCAAGCCAUUAUCGGUACCGUGAUUGUUGGCUUUUUGACUUCAUUCUCCUACUGCAUUGCCAUGUUCUUUAGCAUCAAGGACUUGACUGCCAUUAUGGAGUCAACCACGGGUGUGCCCAUCAUGGACAUUUUCUACCAAGCGACAAACUCAAAAGCCGCUGCAAUUGGUUUGGAGGUUUUGGUUAUCCUUACUGCGUUUACUUGCAAUAUGGGAUGUCACACAUGGCAAGCGAGAAUCUGUUGGAGCUUCUCGAGAGACAAUGGAUUGCCCUUUUCGAAAUACUGGUCCAAGGUCAACACUAGAACCGGUUCCGUUGUUAAUGCUCAUUUACUUUCCUGCUUCUUGAACGGGGUCAUCGGAAUCUUGUAUGUGGCUUCAUCAACCGCGUUCAACUCCAUCUUGGUUUCAUGUGUCACAUUUUUAUUGCUUUCGUACAUGGUCCCAACUGUAUUUUGGAUCCGCGAAAGAAACAACGUAAAGCCAGGUCCAUUCUUUAUGGACAAGUACCACAUUGGGUUAUUUAGCAGCUUGAUGUUGUGCGGCUGGACGAUAUUUGCCUUUAUUUUCUACAACUUCCCCGCUGUGAUGCCCGUCUCCGGUGACAACAUGAACUACUCGUCGGCGGUGUUUGCCCUUGUGUUUAUCAUUUUUACAUGCGAUUGGAUGAUUAGAGGCAAAAAAGAGUACAUUGGUAUUGAGGAAAGAGAGCUGAAGAAGGAUGAAUUGAAAGUGUACAUGUCGGAUCAACUAUCGAUUAUAGAAGCAGAAGUAGCAAAGUAG